UCAGUUCAAGUGAGGUUGGAAAUUGAAAGGUGACGUUUGCUAGAAACGUCAGUGAUUGUCAAAAUAAUCUGAGAGUCUAAGAGUUGAAUAUUUAAAAUAUACUUCAUUUGUGUUAAGUCUUCAGCAUGGAAACUUCGGAUAGUGAAGAUUAUUUCGAGAGUGCGGAUGAGGACUUCCUCUCCGAAGAAGAACUUGAUAAGAAUGUUAAACCAGCUGUGCCAUUACCAAGAGAUCUUUCAAUUCCUGAAAAGAGUGAAAAUAAAUCUACAAAAGUGGCCUUAAAUGAAUAUGUACAAGAUACAGGUAUAGAUAAAGUAGAAAAGAAUGAUAAUAAAAAUGAUACAAGUCAGGCGCUAAGGGCAGGUUUUGCAAAAGCGCCUAAAAAAGUGGACUGUUGGUUUCCAGAUGUAAAUGAAAAUAAAUUGGACAAUCAACCAAAGCAGAUUAGUGGGGAUGUAAUAAAUAAACCAACAUGUGAGAUGACAAGGAACGAAGAAACAGAAAAAAUAGCAUUAUCUGCAAAUAGAAUAGACAAUGUUGUUAAGGAUUCAGAUAAUGCAACUGUAAAUAAAGGAUUGGAAUUAAAUAUUGAGGAAGAAAACGUUAUUGAAGAUGAUGGUUGGGAUAACUGGAAUGAAGAAGUUGUUGAACAAGUGACAGAAACUGUUGAUGUAGAAAAUAAAGAAUCCAGUGAUGAUAAGCCAGUAACAAAGAGUUUAGAAGAAAAUUUAAAGUCAGAGGAAGAGAAUGAGGUUGAAGAUGAUUGGAAUAAUUGGAAAGAAGAGGAUACUAAGCCUAUGGAGAAGAAUGAAUUACAAAAAGAGUGUGAAAUAAAAACCAAGAGUAAAAAACAGGAAGAAACUAAACCAAAUGUUGAAUGCAACAUUGAAGAUACUGAUGAUUUAUGGGGAGAUGAUGAAGAUUGGGGUGCUGUUGGUAAGGAACAAGCAAAGGAAAUUAUUAAAAAGGAAGUAAAUGCUGGAGUUUCUAAGAUUAAUGUAGUAAGUAAGGAGACUGAAGAAGAUGAUUUAUGGGGUGAUGAUGAAGAUUGGGGAGUAGAUAUCAAGCCAAAACAAGAAGUAGUUUCUCAAAUUAAUGUUAAUGAUGAUUUGUGGGGUGAAGAAGAUAAUUGGGGUGUGGAAGAAGAUGAUGAUAAUGUUUCUGCUAAAAAAGUAGAUGUAGAAGAGAAUAUGUGGAAUGAGAUUUCAAAUGAAAGUAAAAAAGGAUCAUUAUCUGAUAUCACGAAACCGUUGGAUAAUAUUGUUAGAAAUCAAAACUUGGGUGACAACAGUUGGGGUGGUUGGGGCAAUUGGGGUAAAUCUGUGCUUUCCACUGCCGCGAAUUUGACAAAUCAAGUAUCACAGGGUCUCACAACAGUAAUAGGAAUACCGGAUCCAGAGGAACUUGCCAAACAGCAUAAAGCGGAAAAACAGAUUUUCGAGUCUGCUGGUGCAGAUGUGGAAGAGGUUGAUGACCACAGUUUCGGAUUAAGUAAUUUCGUAUCGAUAUCUAAGAUAACAAAGUUGGUUGAAAACACUGGGACCAAAGUAAUAUCCGGUGGAUUAGAUACUUUAGAGACAAUUGGCAAAAAGACUAUGCAGGUGCUUCAAGAAAAUGAUCCAGGAUUGAAAAAGAAAAGAGCCUUUUUAAAGAUAGACCAAGACAGACCUGUGUUAUCACAGAUUCUAAGGGAAGCCAAAGAAAAGGCGGCAGAGGACAAUAAAGUUUUAGAGAAACCUAAGCAGGUCAACUAUGAAAUGAUUUUUGAUGAUUAUCAAGGGUUGGUUCAUCUCGAGGCUCUGGAGAUGCUCUCAAGGCAAUGUGAUAUUAAGGUACAAUCAGUGAUCAGUAAAACUGCCGAUGCGAUGGAACUGCAGGAGACGAUGGAUCAAAUUAAAGCGUUGUGCGAUCUGCAGGAGCUCGACGAUGAUGACGAUAGUUGCGACGAUAUUACCGAACUAAAGUCUCGAAUCGAUGCGGCUCUAGAAGAACUAAAUGUGCCUGUUAACUAUAAAAAUCUUUUUAAAACUCUAGAAGAAAAUGACAUGUGGAUAAGUGCAAUUAAUUACGAGGAAAUUAAUGAACAUCACGUACAUCAUAAAGCCAUCGAAACGCUAGCAACAAUAACAGCAUUAAUUGUCGAACAAUUCCAUAAAAUUGGUGAACUGGUAUUAGUGAAGAGUCAUAGGAGCACUGCGGACGAAGCGGACAGUCUAGUCCAGUUGACAACAACAUUAUCAGGAAUAAUUGGAACAACUUCAUCGAAAUACUCUGAAAUUUUAAAUAAUCUUGCAAAAGAAUCUUCCGGAAAGAUCUCAGUAAAUGAAUUAAUUACAAAUGUAUUUUUUGAGGCAGCAAACAGUAGUAGGUACAUAGAGGAUGCUUUCCAAUUGUUAAUUCCUGUUAUUCAAGUUGGUGCGAUAUGAAUGGAAUCAAACAUUUAUUAUUUAUUCAUUUUUAACACGUCUUAAGUAGUAACUUUAUACUGUAAUUUAUGUUUAAACAAAGCUUA